AUGCUUUUCCUUUCAAAUUCAUUGUCAAAAUUGUGGUUGAUCCAUGUUGAUAAUGAUUUUGAUCGAAAUGAUGAAAUAUUAUUAACAAGAACAGCUGCGUUAGUAACACCUGUUCAAGAAAAUAAUGAAAAUAUAUUAUUGAAACGAACGUUACUGUCUAAUUUAGUCUCGUUGCUAUGUCAAAAUGCAUUAGAUUCUCAAAAAUUACAGAUAAAUGAUUUUUCAACUUUAUUUGGUAAUGAAGGUGAUCAUUCAAUUCUCUAUUUACGUGGUAAAGUGUUGUGUUUACGAAAAAUGGAAACAUCCGGUGAAUAUUUGAGACAAUUAAUUCAACAUCUAUCAUUAUCUGUUAAUUCUUCAUCUAUCAAUAUUCUACGUGUUAAAUGUCAACUAUUACUAUGCGAUUGGUUAUUAGAAACAUGUUGUGAUACGCCUCUGUCAAUUCGUUUACAAUUACAACAAAUUAUAAACGAUGGUGAAAAUAAACAAGGUUCAUCUGGUGAAUAUGCACAAGUGAAUUUUCAAUCGUAUCCUACAAUGGCUCUUUUUAGUGAUCAAGAAUAUGAACGUAUUGAUUCAUUAAUUAAAUCGGCCGCUUAUGAAGGUAAACGAAAUUUAUUACAUCAGAGUGAAUUAGAAUAUGAAAAGCAAAUAAAAUUGAACAAGGCGGAAAAUAUGCUCGUGAAAACUCAGUACACAACAGACGAUUUUGUACGAGAUGAGUGUCAUAUAGUGUCACACACAUUCGAUAAUCAAUAUGAACAAAUGUCACAAGAAACACCGUAA